UCUCUAAAUCUCCGUAGACGGAAAUGUAAAAGACACCAGUCUUCGAUUUCACAAGCAAAAAAGAAAAAGAUGAGCGAACACCAAAGUUUAACCAUAAAAGCAGACUUCCUCCACUUGAAAAUUUCUGGGUAUACCCACUUGAAAAUUUCUCUAUUAUUGCAAUGAAAAGGCCCCAUUCGACCACAUUGUUCGCUAAAGCUACUUGGAAGAUGUGAUGUUUCCACAUUCACCAGCCUACCAUGUCUCAUAUCUAAAUCUGAGUAGCCUUUCCCUUUCUCCCCUUGCAUUCUCUUUCUUCAUUCUUUUCUUCUGCAUAUAGUGAAAAGCAAGGGAUUUGAUCCACAGGAUCAUUGGCUCUUCUAACAUCUUCAACUGCAUGCCCAUACCCUUCUCUCUCUCUCUCUCUCUCCCCCCCUCUCCCCCCAUCCUUCUCUCUCCCUUCCGUUACCUUCGUAGCAAAAAAGGUUUAGUUACAGCUACUGUUGUACAGUAUGGAGGAACAGAAAACGUUCGUUCCCUCGUGUUUUGCUGGUGAGAAGCUCACAGAAGAUCAGCCCAUGGCAAAAAAGUCAGGCCAAAGCUUCGUGAUGUCGACAUACAGAACGAAGAUCGCCGGCCACGGCAGACUGAUCACGGUUACAUGGUGCAAGAACUUACUGGCUCACGGCCUCUCCAUCUCAAUUGAAGGAUCAUCGGCCGGAGAAGACGAGCACAGUUGCAAGGUCGAGCUCAAACCUUGGUCCUUUUGGAGGAAGCAAGGUUCCAAGUGUUUUCAGAUCAAUGGUAAGCCGGUAGACAUUUUCUGGGAUCUCAAACUAGCUAAAUUUUCAAGCGACCCCGAGCCUCAGGGCGAUUACUAUGUCGUGAUCAUAUCUGAUGAGGAGGUAACCCUGCACCUGGGCAACAUGAAGAAAGAGGCCUACAGAAGAACCGGCGCGAGGCCUUCGUUGCUCGAAGCCGUAUUGGUUUCGCGAAAGGAACAUAUCUUUGGCAAGAAAAGAUUCACCACCAAAGCCAAAUUCGAUAACAAAGGCGCAGUUCAUGACAUCUCCAUAGAAUACACCUCCAUUAAUGGCGUAUUUUCCGAGCUCGACGACCCAGAAAUGGUGGUCAGAGUUGAUGGACACCUAGUCAUGCAGGUGAACCACUUGCAAUGGAACUUCAGAGGUAAUGAGAACAUCAACAUCGAUAAGGUUCCAGUCGAAGUGUUUUGGGAUGUCCAUGACUGGCUGUUUAGUCCUGGACUCAGACAUGCCCUCUUCAUUUUCAAGCCCUGUUCAUCGCUACAAAGAUCAUUAUCAUCCUCCUCAUCCUCGUCGUCUUUGUGUUCGUCUUCCCAGCUGUCAUCUGACUUCUGUUUGUACAUUUAUGCCUGGAAGUUGGAGUGAACAGCAGAAAAAUGGAGGGCGGUGAUGGUGGUGGAACUGAAGCAAGGGGCACAGCAGGGAAGGGGGGGCAUCACAUGGUGGCCAUGGAUAUGUGGGGUCUAAUGGAGUUGUGAAGCUAGUUUUACAUCUUGGUUCUUCUAAUAAAUGAAAAAGAUGAUUACUGCUUACAACU